UCGAUUGCUGCUCGAUGGCUGCAGUUUGGCAGGAAAUCGUGGCUGAAGGCAGAAACGCAGGAAAAUCGCAGAUAAGUCACAGCGAAGAUUUGGACGUUACGCUUGACGAUGUCUGCGCGAUAAAUUGCCGAAAAUUCACCGACUGACAACUGGCAAAUUCUCUGUCGAACGUUGGAACCAGACAGACCCAAGAACAUAGAAACUUCGAACUGAGAAAAUCGUACUUGAGAUAAGAAAAUACCGUAAUUGACGCUCUUUUUAUCGGAAACUCGAUAUCGCAAUUAGGAAAUUAGCAUAGUCAAUAAACGCAAGAAGACGAAGAGUAGGCGCGCGUCUGUCUCUUUUCUCGAUCAAUGCCUCGCUUCAGAUUUCAGAGUAUUUUAUUUGAAUAAAUACAGAGAAAGGUCCUCAGAAAUCUGAACAUCCGCAAGUUUGACAGUAGCUGUGGCUAUUGACAGUGUCUCGGAGGGCACUGGAAAAAAGAUGACAAGCAACGUAAAGUUUAGCAACAGUUUAAAAGGUGUUAACGAAGUUCCUUCGACAAAUUCUUCGCUCGAAAUUUCUUCAUGUCCGGAGGCUUGGGUUGAAAAUUAGAACGCGUUUCGACGCUGUCUCGAUAAAUACGUAGUAGCAGAGAGCUGACAAGAACGUAUUACUAAAUAUUUAACGUGACAUUAUGGCGCCAUGAUUUCUGCUCUACGUUCCGCAACUAGGCCAAAAUACGAGAGCCACGAAUUCUCCGCGACUAUGAACGUCCGAUCUAACGAUCAAUAGCGAACGACAGCCAUAAUCAACGAUGAUGAUAAUCGUAACGAUUACAUCAAAUGAAUGAAAUAUCUUGCAGCGAUAGGAACUGAAAUAUGGAAAACGUGCGAGGAUCGUUGAACGAAAAAAUAUACGGAACUUGCUCGGUAACGAGACACGCGUUAAAUCGUUCGUUUAGCAUAGAAACAAGAGAGUGGCGCCAGGUAAUAAACCGCUAAUCAAAUAAGGAAAUCGUAGCCAGUGUUCGUGGAAGCCGAGAGUUCAGAAGUUUCGUCGCCAGAGCUAUGAACUUGACAUCCAUAAGAGCGACCUUCCACCCAGCCACGUAACGGCGUAUCGAUUGCUCGUCAGCAGAACGCUGACGUAAACUCCUAACUGCAAUAGUUUAAUUGAAUCUGCAAGCUUGAAGGAUCGAUGACGAGCUAUCAAAUGGCUAAUUAAACAGCGAACUCGCGGCUACUCCAUCGAAUCUGUGGCUUGCGAGUUUCGCUUCGCGGAACCUGCGAACUUGAGGAUCUCAAGGUCGGCCCUGAAGCCACCGCGACGUGAUAUCGCAUCGGAUUGACGCAAGCUUGUAACUUCAAGUUGAAUCGGCUCUCGCGUCGGAGAGGUGCGAACAAUGGGCCAUAAAAUAGAAAGCUGACACUUCGAAUGUAUUCUUCUCUAAGGUGAAUGAUAAAUGGAAGGCGCUAAAGCGCGUAAGGUGAGGACCAUGUAAGGUGUAAAUAUCGUGUGUAUAUUUGGCGAAGAAGAAGGUUGAUGUUUACUCGUGGAGGCGAUGAGCAAUAGCCAUGAAAGAUGAAGCGCAAGGAAAGAAAGAAGCAAAGCAGAAAUACGUCGAUUCGAUCGAAACAACUGCAACCCGCCGGAGUCUCCAUGGACAUGGAAUCGUCCUGGGCAGCUCAAGAGAUCAAGUCCAAUCUGAAUAACAUGGCUCGCUUUCAGCAGAAGCAACUGCAGGAGAAGGAGCAGAAGUUGUUGCAGCUUUACGACCAACAACAGCAACGAGCUUAUCAAGUGGUGCAACGAGGCAGCGCUGGCUCCAACAGCUCGAAUCAUGCUACCUCCAUCAGCCAGCACACCGUCACAAAGACCUCGAGCAGCAGCCAUACAACCUCGACCUCGCAAGGUGGAAAGGUGAGGCAGAUGUUCGACGAAAGACGGCAAACGACGGUGAAGGGCAUCGACAGGAGCUACCCACUGGAGCCGCUGGAGAACAAAUCGCGGAAACAGACGAACGGAAACGGCGUGCAGAAGAACGGAAAUUUGGCGGUGAACCGACAGUCGGUGACUGUGAAACGAGUAGCCAGGGCUGACGUGAACAGCAAUUUGAACGGCGGCAAACCGAUCGUCUCGUAUCACGAGGAAAUCAGUCGAGAAUCGUUCGGUCCGUGCGCGCGCCAGCACCAAGAGGAUGACGAGUUUGGGAACGAGAACCACGUCGCGCAAUAUGCGAAUGGAAACCACCGAGACGAGACACGUAUGGAGGAAGUUUUGGACGAGGAUAUGAUAGAAAGGAAUCGUAUGAUGGCGAAACUUCAUCUGAUGGAGUACGACGAGACGUUGAAGCAUCGUGUUAAAAACGACCUCGAGAGCGAGGAAUUCCCCGAGGACUUUAUGGUCGAUGUUCCUGACAAGCUUCCAAAACAAAGUGUUACCAGGAAGUUAUCUCAAGCGGAGGUCAGGUUGGAGCGUUUUAAAAACGCGAACGCGAGGCGUGGUAACAACGUUACGAGGAACCCAGCCAUUGCCCCGAAGAAACGAUCUGACCCAAUAUUUCCAGCAAAAUCCACCUGCAGCGGCAGCCGACUGACCAAGACAGCUUCAGACAGAAGAUCGAACGACGGGAAAAAUCCUGCAAGUAGCAAAUCCAGAGGGAAGACAGUGGUCUCUGGAAAUGUGAGGGAAACGAUAUCGUUGGAUUCCGGGAGAAAUGUGGGACGAAGAGACGAAAAUCCACGGUUCUUCUGCGGAGAGUCCGAGAAGUCUGCCACUGCGCACGUCGUUGGUUCGAAAACCGUGAGGAAAUUAUCGCCUGAUUUGUCUGAAGAUAGAAUACGAAGAAGCGAAAGGUCUGCGAUAUUUAAUAAAGAGAAAUCUGCUAUUAAAUACCCGAUAGACUCGAAAGCUGCAAGAACAUCGACAUCCGAGUCGCUUAAAGAUAAGACAGGAAAAAGGGAAAGUCGCGAAUUAUCUUCUAAAGUUGCUGGGAAAUCAGCCGUAACUUCUGCGACUGGCGCAACAACUGCUAGGAAAUUGUCUUCUGAAGCUUUAGGAGAUGUCAAGGAUCAAGGCGAUCAUGGUAAAUUUAUCGGCGAACAGUCUGAGAAAUCAGCAACGACUUACGUAAUUCCUCCAAAGUCUACAGAAAGACCGAUUCGUGCAGUUUCCGAAGAUACGAAGGACGUUAAGCGACGAAGUGAAAGUCCGAAAUUCUUCUGCAAAGAGUCUGAAAAAUCAGCAACGACUUACGCGAUCGACUCAAAGACUGCAGAAAAGUAUACUCGCGAGGGUACGAAAGAUACGAGGGACUUGAAACGACGAAGUGAAAGUCCGAAAAUUUUCUGCAAAGAGUCUGAAAGACCAGCAACGAUUUACACGAUUCGUCCAAAGUCUGCAGAAAAGUAUACUCGCGAAGGUACGAAAGAUACGAGGGACUUGAAACGACGAAGUGAAAGUCCGAAAUUCGUCUCCAAAGAGUCUGAAAAAUCAGCAACGACUUACACGAUUCGUCCAAAGUCAACAGAAAGACCGAUUCGUGCAGUUUCUGAAGAUACGAAGGACGUUAAGCGACGAAGUGAAAGUCCGAAAUUCUUCUGCAAAGAGUCUGAAAAAUCAGCAACGACUUACGCGAUCGACUCAAAGAUUACAGAAAAGUAUAUUCGCGAAGCUACGAAAGAUACGAGGGACUUGAAACGACGAAGUGAAAGUCCGAAAUUCGUCUCCAAAGAGUCUGAAAAAUCAGCAACGACUUACGCAAUUCGUCCAAAGUCUGCAGGCAGAUCGAUUCGUGAAGUUUCCGAAGAUACGAAGGACGUUAAGCGACGAAGUGAAAGCCCGAAAUUCUUCUGCAAAGAGUCUGAGAAAUCAGCAACGACUUACGCGAUUGACGCAGAAACAAGUAAAAAGUUCUCUCUCGAAGGUUUAAAAAGCAUCAAGAAACGAAGCGACAGUCCAAAACCUACAACUUACGCGAUCGAACCAAAGUCUGCAGAAAGAUUGAUUCGUGAAGUUUCCGAAGAUAUAAAGCACGUUAAACGCCGAAGUGAAAGUCCGGAAUUUUUCUGCAAAGAGUCUGAAAGGUCAGGUACCACUUACGCGACUGAUUCAAAGCUCGCAAGAAAAUUAGCCCGUGUUUCUUUGAAAGAUAUAAAAGACGUUAAGCAACGAAGUGAAAGCCCAAGAUUCUUCUGCAAAGAGUCUGAAAGAUCAGCAACGACUUACGCGAUUGAUGCAAAAUCAGAUAAAAGAUUCUCUUUCGAAGAUUUAAAAGACGUCAAGCAACGGAAUGAUAGUCCAAAAUCCACAACUUACGCGACUGACUCAAAACGUGCGGAAAGAUCGAUUCGUGAACCUUCUGAAGACGUGAAAGACGUUAAACGGCGAAGUGAAAGCCCAAAAUUCUUCUGCAAAGAGUCUGAAAGAUCAGCAACGACUUACGCGAUUGAUCGAAAGACUGCUAAUUCCUCGAAGACCAGAACACCACGUAGCGAUAGUCCGAAAUUCUUCUGCAAAGAAUCGGAGAAAUCAGCCACCACUUAUGCGAUAGACUCGACAGUUCUUCCAACGUCCCCUAAUUAUAUGAAAGACAGUAAGAGCUCCAUAUUAAAAAUCGAAUCAAAGAACAAAAAGGAUGUGACUAAUAACACAAUAAGAGAAUCCACUAACGACGCCAUGAAGAGACACGCUACAUUUCCCAAACGCGAUACAAUCAGCAAAUCUUCUUCUCCGGAAGGUCCAAAAUAUGACGUGAUAUCUUACGCGAAACCCGAGUACCCAACUCCACGCAAAUCUACCGAAACCAAGUUACCUGACGUUUUCGAGCGUCUAACAAGAGAACGUAGUUCGAGUCCUCGGUCUUUCUGUCGCGAAGGCAGAAGCUCAGCUACGACGACGAGCAUCCGCAACAGGGACACCAAGCCCGCCUCUGUAUCUGCAAACUUGGUCGAGGAAAUGAUAAAGAAAGGCAGCGAGAGUCGAAGAGUCGGUUCUGGAAAGCGCGAUGCUUCGAUAAUUCGUGCUGACGAAUCGAAAUCACCAGACUUCGCGAAAGCAUCGUCCAGAAGCUGCAGCGUAAGUCCGCAGUACUUCGGCUCGGACUCUGACAGAUCCGCCAGCAUCCUGAUGGUCACGCCGGAGACGAUAGUGAAAGCAAAAACGUGCUGCAAGAAAAGAGAACAAAGUCCUACGUCGUACGUUGCCAAAGGCGAGAAGCUCGUCACGAACGUACCGAGAGAAGCGACAAGAGGAUCGUCGCCAGGAAGCUACGACGAGACAGCGAAACGCUUCAUCAGAAGCUCGGUAUCGCGAUUUUUCUCGGAGCAGUGUGAAGGAGCAGCGAGAAACGUGGAGCCGAGAAAGCUUCAGCUGACAGAUGCCAGAACACCGAGUCAGAUGAAGUCGCAGAUCGAUGAUGAACGAGCUGAGAAGGACGAGAGAACGAGUUUCAUCGCAGACGGCAGUCGCGCCUCGUCGCCCAGGUCUCGAGAAAUCGUGGAAAGUAGAGAAGAAACGCCAGAAUUCUUGCGUUACGAGACAGAAGAGUCCGCCAUCGCUACGAGCCUUCAGCCUAAGAUUUGCACAGACGUUGAGCAACCGGCCAAAGGUGCGCACUCGCUUAAACAAACAGUUGCACGUGAGAUGACGGCAAGACCAAGGAAUCUAUCGACCAACGUCAAGGACAGAUCCUCGAAGAGUCCUGUAAGCGUCAAGGACGACAAUUUGACAGCCGAAAACGCGAAUGCACUUAGCCGUAGGGGAUCCGCCGGUGUUCUACGUUCAACGAAGCUGAUUCGCGACGUGCUGCAGCGUCAGAGUGGCCAAGAUCAGGUGGAUUAUGCUUCGCAUGGAAUAUCGAGCGAAUGGGAAGAGCAACGGAGGGCCGACAAGAUGCAGACAGAGACGAGGGUGGACAGGAAAGUUGAGGAAAGAGCUGGGACGCCAACUGGCCGCCAACUUGCAGCCGCGGGAUCGAAAAGUUGCAGGUCUGCGAAAGUGGACACGCAGGUCGGAAAAAUCAGGACUCCUGAACGAUACGUAAAACAGGAGCAGCUUCGAGGCACUUACUCGAGAUCGAGCAAGGGAACAGCCUGCGAGAAGUCGAGCGUUGGAAAGUUGCUGACGUAUUCCGUGCGCAAGCCAGUUAAACAGAGAGGAUCGUUGCUGGAGUCGAACAUUUUCCAGCAAUCGCUGAAAGAUCGAGAUUCGGCGGACGAGAGGCCCGUUAGCUCGAAACGUACAACGCGAAUUGCGUCUCUGCAGAAGCCUGCAGCUUGUGCUCGUAGCUUGCAGAGUCGAGCGAAGGGAAACGCGGCGAAUGAAAAGAACAAGAGUGACAUUUUGAAGGCUCGCGGCCAAACAGCGAAUCCGAUCUCAGCAAGCAGCGGAAAAACGAGCUCAGAGACGGUUGCUGAUAAGUGGAACGUGGACAAAUACGAUGCUUCGAAGCGUAUAACGCGAACGUCCAACGAAUCCAUCGCUCGUGGCUCGAAAGGAGCAACUGAUGUGGCACAUCGAAGCGGCGAAACCAAAAUCCCAAGAGCUGGAACACGAACUGCCAGGAAGCAGAGUAUCGCGGAUGAGAGGAAGAAAGACGAGAUGUCUAAACAAGCUGAAAUUUUGAAGUCCAUGCAGCUCGUUCGCAGUGCUACAAAAGGAUCAGACUUUGCGCAGGAAUCACGAAAAAUGGUUGGCGAAUCAGUUGACGACGGCACAGUCAGAGACGAACAGACUGAAAUGAGGAAAAGUUGCUGCCUCUCGACGAUCGAUAUUAGAAGGUCGGAGGCCGGCUUAGCUUCUAUAAAGGAACUUUCCAAGAAUUACGAGAGAACAGACUCGGUGGAGUCGGCUCUCAGACGUUUCGAUUCGAUCGGAACUGAGGCUGAAUCGAUCCGAGGCACGUUGGAACGAAGCGUGGAAUCGAUACCGAAGGAAAUACGAAGGAAAUCUGGCGAAAGCAUUGGCCGCAAGGCUGACUCAAAGACUAUUUCGCCGAAAGCACUUGAUCCACCGAAUGUAAAUCUUUUCGCUAAGAGAACGUGCGCCAGCAAAGCUACGACCGUAUCCAAGAGCGCAAUGGGCGCCGCUAAAGGAAGACAGGCUGAGACGCAAGAAACGCGGAGGCAAAAAAAAUUGGAGAAAGCCAGAGACUCGAUAAAGAUCAGCCGAAUUGCCAUAAGAUCGAGAUCGCUGUCGUGCAAGCGGAAGCUUUUCCAGCACGCUGAUUCCAGCGAGACUGGAAGCGCCGCAUCGAGGUGCAGCAUCGAUUCCUUGAAAACCCUGGAACGUCUCUCAACGACAUCCAAUAAGAAGAAAACGGGCGACUCGGUGAAUACCGCGUCGAAACGCUUCGAAUUCUCUGGCAACGACGAGAUGUCGACGCAAACGAUAGACAAAGCAGAAACGGAUAAAACGUCAACAGGUGGGGGUCGUUGCUCAUCGGCGAAGCAACUGAGAUCGAUCGAGGAUAUUCGUAGGUCGAUCGAGGACGAAAGUUGGGAUCGCGAAACGGGGCAACCGUCGGCGAUGUCGGCGAUCGUAGGCAGCGCGGCGAAAGCAGCGGGUCGAUCGGAACCUCGUCGAAUAAAUGUCGAUGAUCGCGCUGGAAAUAGAAAAGAGAUAUGUUCGCCGGGGCGAUCGGUGAACGUUACCGCGAGCAACGACGCUUUAGGGGAUACGGAGCGUUCGUCUGUAAAGUGUACGAUGCGUUUCUCCAGGGUCGCGAAAAGUCCGAGCCCGGAGACGACCAAGGAAACGAGCAUCCGUGCGAGAAGAAACGUCCCAGCGUCGCCGUCCAAAAGUCCGGACACGGUCGCUAGGCGUGCGUCGAGCGAGUUGAAAGCUCAAGACACAAGAUCGACGAAACGGCCAACGACUAUGAAAGGCACAGAGCCAAUUGGAAACAGGAAGACGUUGACGGCGACGAACACGACUACGAAAAAAUCAGCGGACGUGGUCGAUAGCGCUAUUCUCGAGAAUGGUCUGCAUUUAGGAGACCAAACUGCCGAAACGAAAUACGAUAACGACUCGCCCACGAAGAAAAGCGACGCUCUGGUCGUCGACUUGGACGAGCAACCGCCGAAGGAAAACGACGCGCCACUUCCGCGGAAGCCGCUCUUACGAAAACAGUCCACCGAGAAACAGAUUACUUCCAUGCAAUCAACACGGCCACCAUCGGUUUCAUCCACAUCUGGUAGUCCCAUGCAAGGUCAGACUUCCGGUUCUAGAAGCAAAAUGGCUUCGAGAGCAAAGACGCCAAUUUCCGGUCCAACAGGAUACAAAGGAUCAGCUUCCAGCAGAACCGGAGGAGCCGCGGCAGCGACAUGUUACAGUGACGCUCUGGUUCCUUGCAAAAUGUGUGGCCGCCGUUUCGCUCAAGAUCGAGUAACCCUUCACGAGCAAAUUUGCGCGAAAACGACCCAAAAAAAGAGGAAACAAUUCGAUACGAUGAUGUAUCGCGUAAAAGGCACCGAUCUCGAACCAUUCGUGAAAAAAGGACUUGUGAAAAAACAGGUGGAGAAAUCGAAGAAGCCGGAGAUAAAGUCGAACUGGCGGCGCAAACACGAGGAUUUCAUUAACGCCAUACGCUCGGCCAAGCAAGUACAAGCACACCUGGCCGCUGGAGGCAAGCUCAGCGACUUGCCACCGCCGCCGGUUAGCGAUAACUACGAUUACAUUCAGUGUCCCCACUGCGGAAGAAAAUUCAAUAAGGCCGCCGCCGAGCGUCACAUUCCCAAAUGCGAACACAUGUUACACAAUAAGCCGAUACACUCGCGAGCGCCGAAACCAAGGCGUUAAUUCUGCCGGAGUCAUUUCUGCUAAACGAUCUUUCUAUAUACGUACAUCGAGCAGGAACAAGAUAGAUAAAAGUGUCUUUAUUUUAAGAGAAAUCAACUUGAAAUAAAAUUUGAAGAAAAGAAAAAGAAACCAAAACGAAAGAUUAAAUUAAAUCGUAGCUUGAAGUGUGACGUUAUAUUUAUAGUAAAGUAGACACGAUAAUUACGAUAUUUUUAAUAGAACGCAGCUUCCAUGAAGCACCUUGUCUCUAUCUUGUUCGUGCAAUCGAUACAGUUUUAUACAAGCGUCGCGUUGAUUAUGGAAUACUUAAAAAAUGUUGUAUGGGAUCUUACAUAAAUGGAGAAGAAAUCUCGCAGAAGACACAGUCAUCUAUCAAACAUGUGCACGAUACGAAUGUAAAAGCGAUUUGUAUCUACAGCUUGAAAUCUAUGGGUUUCCUCCGUGUAUUUGGGACAAAUGUAUUUUCCGAUUAUACUAAAAUAAAGUACGAAUUUUCUCUACACACUGUAUAUACAUCUGUACGUAGCGAAACGAACGAAUAUGUUUGAUCGUUAUUUUUUCAAAAAAUAUGCAGAAAUAAUAAUAUAUACAUAUAUCUCCUCUGUUUAUUUUGUGAAUUAAAAGAUCAUGAACUAAUAACUAUCUGUUUAAGAGAAAUUAAAAUUUACGGCAUCCCGUUGUGAAAAUUUAUAACAUAUAUUUUGGAACGCUUACUUUAUACGUAUUUGUAUCUUUUUAUACAAUAAUAGUAGCGAAAUAUUGUAUGGCUAUUUGUCGCAUUGUAAUCGAUCCUCCCAAAACGAAGAAUGUAUUGUAUCCUCAUAUAAUAACCGUAUGUAAUUAGUGAAAGUUGUUUAGAAUUGAUGAAUUAAUUAUUAGCAAAAGCCGUUUUGAUUAAUAUUAAAAAUAUUGUGAUUUAUUUUGUAAGUUUUCAUCGAAAUAGAUUGCCACACCGAACGAGGAAACAUUUUUAUAGCGCUUAAUCUUCUUAAUAAACGAAAAUAUUGUAACAUUAUUGUUAUAAUGAAUUACUGGGAGCUAAUAAACUAACUUUUUAAUAAAAGAAUAA